AUGACUGUUCUCAGUCAGGGUGUCGGAUACGGCAUUGUCGUUGGCUUUGGUGCCUUCUUUGCCAUCGUCAUGACUCUUUUAACGCUGGCUCAGAAACGAUAUCUCCGAGAAUAUCAAACUAGUGAAAUGUUUAUGACUGCUCACAGAAGUGUACAUACUGGUUUGGUCGCAUCUGCAGUCGUAUCGUCAUGGACAUGGGCGGCUACUCUACUUCAGAGUUCUACUGUGGCCUAUAAGUAUGGUGUAUCUGGACCAUUCUGGUAUGCAUCUGGAGCAACAAUCCAGGUUUUGUUAUUCGCCAUCUUAGCCAUCGAACUCAAGCGCAAAGCACCCAACGCACAUACUUUCCUCGAAAUCAUUAACGUACGAUAUGGCAAAGUCGCACAUUUGGUAUUCUUAUUUUUCGGUCUGGCUACUAACAUUGUCGUAACUGCAAUGUUGCUUCUUGGUGGCUCGGCAGUAGUGGAAUCACUUACCGGAGUGCAUGUCAUUGCAGCAUCUUUCCUUCUUCCCUUCGGUGUCAUGAUUUACACUUUAUUCGGUGGGCUCAAGGCUACCUUUCUCACUGACUACGUCCACACGACCGUCAUCUUUAUCAUCAUCUUGUCCUUCGUUUUCACCGUUUAUGCCUCCAGUCCUACGAUUGGAUCACCUGGCAAAAUGUACGAUCUAUUGGUGGCGGCUGCCGACAAGCAUCCCGUCCCAGAUAACAAAGACGGAUCGUACGUCACGAUGCGAAGUUUACAAGGACUGAUAUUCGGUAUUAUUAAUAUUGUUGGUAAUUUCGGUACCGUGUUUGUAGACAAUGCGUACUGGCAGAGAGCUAUUGCCGCAAGACCAUCGUCGACAGUUAAAGCUUACCUUAUUGGUGGGCUUGCUUGGUUUGCUAUCCCAUUCACUCUGGCUACAACAAUGGGUUUGUCUGGAGUUGCCUUGGAGGGUACUCCUAGUUGGCCUACUUAUCCCAACAGAAUGAGUGCAGGAGAUGUCUCUGCAGGAUUGGUCGUUCCUAAUGCUGCCACUGCUCUGCUAGGAAAAGCUGGUGCAUUUGCUGUGCUCGUGUUAGUGUUUAUGGCUGUAACGUCGGCUUCAUCGGCUGAGCUCAUUGCUGUAUCUUCUAUCUUUACUUAUGACAUCUACCGAACAUACAUCCACCCAGGCGCUAAUGGCAAACAAGUAAUCUACUUCUCCCACAUCUCCGUAGCCACUUUUGGUAUAUUUAUGGGUGUCCUUGCAGUUGUCCUAAAGUAUAUUGGGGUGGACUUGGGAUACUUGUACCUGCUCAUGGGUAUCAUUACAUCCCCGGCUGUGGUACCAAUUGCAUUCACGUUGACAUGGAAGAAACAGCCUGUUGGUGCUGCAAUUGCUGCCAGUGUUUUCGGUUUAAUAUUCGGUGUUGUUGCCUGGUUAGUUACAGCCGUUAAAUUGUUUGAUGAAAUCACAAUUAAGUCUACUGGUGAAAAUUAUCCUAUGUUGGCCGGGAAUCUGGUUUCUCUUGGUUCAUCAGGAAUAAUAACACUUAUCUGGUCUAUUCUUGCACCAGAUAAUUUCGAUUUUGAAAUUACAAAAAGCAAACUGGAAAUUCUUACCGACGAUGAAAUUGACGGUAAUGCGGUCUAUGAAGACCCAAUCGAGCGCGACCCAGUUCGUCUGAAGAAAGCGUCCAAGUUUGCUGCUUGGUCAUCGGUGGCGCUUACGGUUAUUCUUAUUAUUCUCUGGCCACUACCAAUGUAUGGCAAGGGAUAUGUGUUCUCUAAGCCGUUCUUUGCAUUCUGGGUGUCUAUUAGUAUAAUAUGGGCGAUAUGCAGUACAUGUGCUGUGGCUAUAUAUCCUAUAAUCGAAAGCAGGGAUAGUAUUGGCUCUGUAAUCAAGGGAAUGUGGGGUGAUGUCACUGGAAAGAGGACGACGACGAAAACUGAACAGACUACCAAGACUGAGCAUGAAGUGAAGGAGAAGGAGGAGGUUGCUAUAGAUAAAGCGUAA